UAUGUCUUUCCUCUCACAACUCAACGCCUGUGAAUAUUUUUUCAUAAAUUAUUGUUUGUUUUUUUAAAUGGCGGUACUCGCGCGAUAGUUAUUUUAUUGUUGUUAUGGAACCGGUGAUUUUCCUGUCAGUGCAAUAGACUAACUGGAAUUUCCACAUUUAAACUCAUUUUUGAUGUUUUCUUAUUUAACAAGCAGUUACUUUUUAUUUUCCUUUGUUUGCUGAGAUGGAUAACUCCAACGAACCUGAUAAUUGGAUACCAACUUCUUUUCCGUCCACUCCUGAAGCUACAGAAGGAGAUUCUAUGAGUUCCUUUCAUUCAGCUGCAACUCCUGGAUCAGCAGCUGUUGAUCUUCAGUCUGAUGAUCAGUCAUUUGAUGCUGUUAGCCGUCAAAAAUUGAAUCUGACCAUUCAUACUAGUCCACGAAGUCCAAGAAUUCCUGGUAUGUCCAUGUUUGAAGAAGAUACCCGUAGUUCAUGGAGUGUUGAACCAAAACCAACUCAAUUGAGAGAAUCAGUUUUAGAGGAUGAUUCUCGAAACAGCACUGACAGCCAAAAAUGUAGGAAAGAAGUUUCGAAUAUUAUAGAAUCAAUCCCUGAUACCGAGAAAGAGCUUGUUAAAGAAUCUGAUAAUAGUAGUAGUAAAGAUAGUCCUGUGAAAGAUCUUAGUGCUUGGAAUGUGAAGUCCAAUUUAUCUAAUACAGGAGAUAAAGAUGACCGGGAUACAUGUAUACUUGAUUCAAAUCCCCUUGAUACAUCAGUUGAAAAUAAGAGCCCUGAUGCUGACAUAAAUGAAAACAAAUUAGAUGCAGAUUUAAAUAUUGACCAAUCAAACCUUAACUCUGGCAUGAAUGUGUCUGAUGAAAUUUUGCCUUCUGAUAACAUUGAUGAUGACUCUAAUGCCAAUAAGUUGGCAACAGAGUUAUUUAAUGUUGACAGAUCAGAUGCUUCUUCUAACAUUGAAGAGGUUGAUUUUAGUACUAGAAAACGAGAUUCUGACUCUUUUGUUGAAACAUUAGAGUCUGUCUCAAAUGUUGAAAAAGUAGAUUCUUAUAUAGAAGAUGUUAAUUCUAAUAGUUGUGUAUUAGAUGCAGAAUCAAAUAAGGAGAGCUUUGAUAGAUCAGAGGCUGAUUCAAACUAUGACAAACUAAAUGCUGAUUCAAACAUGGAUAAACUCUAUACUGAUUCCAAUGAUAAGCUAAAUACUGACUCCAUCAUUGAUAAAUUAGAUACUAAUCCAAACUGCGUUAAAUUAGAUGUGCACAAAAAUAUGGACAAAGAAGAUAGUAUUGAUUUAAAUAUUAAAAGUAUAGAACCUGAUUCAAAUCUUGAAAAACAAGAGUUGGAGUUGAGCAAUGAAAAAUUAGAGCUUGACUUGAACAGUGAAAAAUUAGAACCCGAUUCAAAUAAUGAAAAUUUAGAGCCCUGCGUAAGCAAUGAAAGAUUAGACCUUGAUUUAAACACUGAACAAUCAGAGGCUGAUUCAAAUGUUGAGAGACAAGAAUCAGAUUUAAAUGUAGAAGAAUUAAGAUCUGAUUCAAAUAUUGAAAAGUUAGAGGCCAAUUCUUCUGUCGGAAAAAUAAUUUCUGAUUUGAAUAUUGAAAGAUUAGAUGAGGAUUCGAAUAUUGAAAAAUUAGAUGAGGAUUCAAAUAUUGAAAAAUUAGAUGAGGAAUCAAAUAUUGAAAAAUUAGAUGAGGAUUUAAAUAUUGAAAAACUAGAUGAAGAUUCAAAUAUUGAAAAACUUAAUGGUGAUUCAAACAUCGAGAGACUUGGUUCAAAUUUAAAUGGGAAAAAACAUGAUGCUAAUCUAAGUAAUGUCUCAGUUUGUGAAAAAGACAGUGUAUGGAAUGUUGAUUCAGCUCAAGUAGAAUCUAAAGAAGUUCCAAUGGAUGAGGAAUCUCAGAAUCCACCCACAAGUUUAGAACCCCCAGCAGAAAAAAGUGUAUGGAAUUUUAAAAAAGCGGAAGAUAUGAAAGACCCCCUAAUGGAUGAAGAUUCACAAAUGAGCACAAGCAGUCGCAAAAGCUGCGGAAAAAUAUUAGAAUCUUCCAAAAGAGCAAUCUCUCCUACAGUCUUACCAUCUUUGGAUGAAGAGUCACAGAGUAGUAUAAUUAGUCAAAAAAGUCAUUGUAGUCAGAAAAGCCACAGCAGUCAAAAAAGUUCCAAGCGUGCCAGAUGCUCUGAUGACGAAGUGAAUGCUUUUCUGCCCGAAAAUUUAUUUGAGUACAUGUGGCCUCAAGAAAAUGGAGAAUUUUUUAUAUUGCAGGAACAGAUUUGCGAUUAUUUAAAUAUCAAGUCCUUUAAGCGGAAAUACCCAGAUUUAGCCAGAAGAUCUGUCGACAUGGACGAGAAACAGUUUCUGAAAGAUAAGGGAGUUGUUACCGAAAUGCAAUGCGAUUUGGGACUCACGGCAUUGAGAUCUGACGAAGUCUUAGAGCUGAUGAGCAAAGAUUAUCCAGAUCACUAUAAAGAUUAUAUCAGAGUUUUGAGAGAAAAGGAAAAACAAAGUAUCACUGAUAAGCACAAGGAGUUCGUCGCCACCAAUUCCGACAAGACGAAGAUGGUGGAUUUGGUGAAAAAAGCCAUGCAAUCUGCGGCUGAAUACAACGCUCACCUGAAUCAGGAGAGGAGAGAAGAAAGGAGAUCUUGUAUGGACUUGCAAACUUAUACGAUACACUAUCCAGUCAAAAAAUCAAAUAAACCAAAGCCGAACACGAAGCCCGGGAAGUAUCCCGUCGCUCUCCUUCCUGGUCAGUUCCAAGAUUAUUAUAAGGAAUACACUCCUGCCGAACUGAAGUACCUCCCUGUCAACACGGUCUUGUAUGGACCCCUCAAAGAACUUCAAAGUACCAAAGCUCUUUCUGAUGGAAGUCAGUCAGACUCUGAAGACAGUUCUGCUUCCGAAGGAUCUUGCAGCUCGAGUCAAGGAACGGCAGACGACAGCAGCUCUGGAUCCGAGAAAAACGAAAACGGUAAAACGCCUUCGGAUAAGAACGGCACGGCCGCCGAAACGACGGCGUACCGGCCGAAGGUGAAGCCGAAUGCUGUCUGCAAAGUCUGUAAGAAAGGAGCAGAAGGUAAACCAGACGAACUCGUUCAUUGCUCCGAAUGUGACAACAGUGCACAUCCUUCUUGUAUCGAAUUGACGACCGAAGUCGUGGACGUCUUGAAGACGUAUCCUUGGCAGUGUAUGGAUUGCAAAGUGUGUUCUCAUUGUAGCGAUCCUAAUGAUGAAGAUAAGAUGCUGUUUUGUGACUUCUGUGAUCGGGGUUAUCACACAUUCUGUGUGGGUUUAAAAAACCUUCCUCAAGGAAAGUGGGUGUGCCGUCGAUGUGGAUCUUGCUCAAUAUGUGGUGCAACAAAACCAGGACCUGAGACUUCAAAAGCCCAAUGGUUGUACGAUUCUGCGAAAGGAGUGGUAGAACUAGAUGCAAAUCGUAGGCCAAAGAUCAUGUGUCAAUCUUGCUUUAAGAAAAAAAGAUAGCUAUUACAUUUAAGCAAUAGUAAAAAUUUCAACUUGGGUACAACAAAAAAUGUUUUACUUAAUUGUAAAUCUGUAUUUAAAUUUUAUUCAAUCAACUGAUUAAUUUAACUUUUGGGGGUAAAUUCUUUUGUUUGAUAAUAUAGCACAGGUUUAAAUUGAUGUCUUAGCAUUCUUAUGCAAUAAUUUACUCUCUCUUAGUGUGUUCACGAAUGUGGGAAAACUUAUGUGAAAAUUCUGUGGACAAUUUAAAUUUUAUGCAAAGUUCAAUCAACUGAUUAAUUUAACUAUUGUCUAACCUCUUGUAUUCUUUAGUACCUACUGAUUUAAAGUGAUAUCUUUGUAUUAGUAUUAAUUUAGUCUCCUUGUGCAUGCUGAGCAGUAUUCUCCCUAAGCUUGUUGAGAAGGGCCCUCUAUGACCUUUUCAUAAAAAUAAGCCCUUAAAAUCUCUGCUUUUUUAUUCAUAUACCAUUUUAAAAAAUUUAUUAUUGUUUAAAUAAUAAUUACACACUGGUUAAAUUGUAUGUGUUUAUAUUCUGAUUGGUAUUACAAAUAUUUAUAUUGAUGAGAUAUUCUCAACUGCUUAAAUUUUUUUGUUUCUAUUUUUUUUUCGGAGGGAGGUAUAUUAUGAAUUUUUUAUGUGACUUCAAAAUAAUUUUUUAAGUAAAUACCUUUUUUUAAAUAAAAAAAAAUUCACCUUUUAAUCUUAAUUUUCUCAUAAUUCAGUUUGAAUUGUAGAAAAAAUUUGCAAGCUGUAUAUCAAUUAGUCAUUUUUUGUUUUUGUUUACUUUUUUAAAGAAAACAAUUUGUGCACAGUGCAAGCCUUUGAUAAUUUUUUAUAAACUACAAAUUAUUUGUUAUAGAGUGAGAAUUACUUUUUGAAAUACACACAUGUAUUGUAUAAGAGGAUAAUUUAAUAAUUGUUGAGGAUCAAAUUAGGUUAUUAAAUAAUAUUACACAUUUUGAUAUUGUGUUAUGUGAGUGUCCUUUCAAAACUCUAAGUGCCCUUUUAUGUGAAGAAGCGCACCUGCUGUUUUUUAUUCUCUGUGAUCUCAGUGUUUAGAAAAAAUUAAAAUUCUAAUGACAGUUUUAAAUACUUUUACUUCUUAUAUGUUUUUUAAAGUAAAAAUUUUUUUUUAAUGUAUAUUCCCCCCACCCCCAUCUUAUCUAAGAAAAUCAUAAACGUGUGAGGCAAUCACUGAGUUUCUUCAGCACUUAUUAAUACACUACAAUAUAACAACAUUAAAAUCAAAGUGUUUAUUUUGUUAAUAAUUUUUAAUUAUUUGAUUAAAAAGAAUUGUUUUUUAAUUAAUAAAAUAUAACAAUAUCUCUUUCUUAGCAAUGUAUUUCAAGUUUAUUUAUGUAAGAACAAAAAUAGUUGAUUUUAACUUAUAUACUAUGUUUUUUUUUCCUAAUAAUUAUACUAUUAAAACGUUAUGUAUAUGCCAAUUUAAAAAGUAAAAUAAAGUCUUAAGUUUUAAACACUAAAUCUAUUAAUAUUUACGUAUUCAUAUGGUGUUAAAAAAAUGGAAUAGAUUUUGUUACAUGUUAUCAAAGUUCUUGUUUUAAAAAACAAAGAAACAAACAAACUUGCAUUUGAUGAAAAAUUAACGCAGACAUUGUAUUAAAACAUUUUAUCAAACCUUAGCCAUCGAAACGACUGUUCUAUCUAUAAGUACUAAAGCAUUAUUUGUACCAUAGUUCCUGAUUAUCAUUAUAAGUUGCUCAAAUGGCAUGCUUUCGUCAAUUAAAAAUCUAACUCUUUAUUCUUAUAAAAUUGUGAUCUGUAAAAAUUGCAAAACAUGUUGGAAUAUUCUUAUAUAAUUCUCUAUAGAAAAAUUUGGCGAGAAUCGAGCAAUGGACACAAGAAAAAUAUAUAUAUAUAGAAAGAGACUAAUUGGCAACCACUAUUUCAUGAUUUUGUUCUAAGAACGAGGCAAUUAAAGUUAGUGUCAUGGAAGAUAUCUCUUAAAUAUCAGUUGAAUCUUACAUACUUUUAAUCAUUGCACCAGUUUUAUAUCUAAUAAAUAUGUUAUAUAUUUAUUUAAUUUCAAAUCUUAAAAUAAAUUGAAGCAAGUACAUUUUUUUGAAAUUAGAGCAUACUUCUGCUAUUGAACUAAGCUUUAUUUUUGAACAUAACAGUAUUACACUGUGUAUGAAUCAAUGUAUCUUCAGGCCUUGUGGUCUGCAUGACUAGUAACUUUAAAUUAAGAUUACUAAUGUGAUGAAGAGAAAUAAUGUUUUCUGCUACCAGAAUUAUUUUCUUCACUAGAGAAUUUGCAUUCUGGAUGGCGACUAAUAACUUAAAUUUAAGUUCUUGAUUUUUGGCAUUUUUGCUGCAUUAUAGUAAGGUGUAGUUGCUAGAUUAUCAGAAUAUAGCUAUGGAAAUAUGGCAGUAUUUUCAUCAUUAUAACUAUAAUGCGAAGUUUAGGAGGGUAAAAAAUGCUUAAGAUGAGUAACAAAUCUCUCAAUAAUUUUAUUUAUUCCAACUUUUAAUUUAUGUAUAACUGAAUCUAAAAGUACUUAAUAUUUUUACGAUAAUUGAAGUAAAAUGAUUGAUUACUUUUACUAUAACUAUUAUAUUUCAAUUGUUCAUCCUUAAUUGUAAAAGACUGAACACUAUGUUCGAGAUAUACAAGUUUAAAGUUUCACAUUUUGAUUUCAGAAUGUUUUGUGGAUAUUGUUUCUAUUAGUUAACCAACCUACAACCUAUAUAUGUACAGCAAAACCUCCAGGAUAGACCACUUCUAUUUACGACCACUUUUGGGAGGCAGGGAAUUUUUUCAAUAGACUUGGUGUUAAAGAAAACCUUUAGGAGAAACGAGCGACCACACAAACAUCUGCAGCAAAGGUCAAAUAAGGCAAAACAAGUUGCAUUUCUGCACCCCAAAAAAAAAAUGACACUGACUAAAAUUAAAAUAGUUUUCAAAAAAAUCUUUUACCCUCGAUAAUAAUUUUGAAGUCAAUGGAGAUAACCUCUAAGAACAACCAACCUCCAUCUACAAUAAUUUUAUUGUGGAACAGAGAGUAGUUCACUGUAUAUAUAAUAUCAAUUACUGUGCUAUUUCAUUGGUUAUUGUAAAUAUUUAUGCUUUAUAUUUUCAUUACGAUUUGUUUCAAAAAGGUUUUUUGCAAUACAUUUUUUGUGCACUAUUUGUUGUCAUCAUGUAAAUUUUAGAACUCAUUUUUCCUUUUAAAGGAUGUCAUAUGUAUGGUAGUUUACAUGACUCAGUUCAAUAUGUAAAUAUAUUUAUAAAUACA